GUAAUUGAUUGCGAAUGAGUUGUAUCGUUUCCGGCCAUGAUUGGUUCCCGCCCCUUGCGAUUUGACCCAUCAUGAGGCUAUGAGCACGCGAAUUCAGGAUCGGAGAUGGCGCUAAUCAGGGAAAAAAAGAAAUUUGUCGAAUUGAAAUUAGUAGUCUAGCCAUGUCUAUCGAUCAUCGGUGGAUUCGAUGCCAUGCACUCCAUCAAUCCCCACCCUUGUCAGUGUGUGGCUGACUGCCUCCACGAUUGCAUUGCUCGUUAUAAAGACUUCAAGGCUUCUCUCUUUGUUACCCAUCACACUCGUCUCAAAAGCUAAAUCAACUCUGAAGAUCCAAGAUCAAGAUCUAUAUCAAAGAUUAAAAGAUCACCACCAUCCCUCAACAGACCAUUGAUCGUUCUACCCAAACCUACGACCUCUCUUCCUCCCCGAACCUUCAAUCACGAUGUGUUACAAGACCAACUACGAGCCUUACAGGAGUCAAAGCCUGGAUAUGAAGGAAGACCUUUCUUUGGAGGAACUUCUCUAUCCGUUGGGAGAUCUCUAUCCACACGUCGUGGCCCUUCAACUACAAUCCGAGGACAACCCAUGGUCCAAGAACUUCCCUGGCUAUUCAGAUGUCAGUUAUUGGACUGAAGUUUCUUCGUCACGGCCACCUUCGGAGACUUCUUCGAAGCACACGACAUGCAGGUACAGCAGCGACUCCACAGCCUCCAGAUUUGUCACCCGCAUCCGGCGACUUCUCAGCCGAGAUGAGUUGCGCCGACGCUCGAGAGCUUAAACUUGUCUUGACCGAAAGAUCUUUGACCUCUCAUUUGUCACUUUUCUU